CCCAGAGUGCUGCACAUAUCAUCGCAUCGGGGGUGCGGGAAAAGCGCACGGUUUCCUGUGGGUUUGCUUAGCUGGGCACAUCAAAGUUUUAGAUCCGCAGGAGUACCUAGCUCAUUUUAACCUCCAUCGAUUUAAUGUCUUAAUCAAAACCUUUUCAUCUGUACGUGCCCUAGACUACACCUCCCCGUAGUUAGUCUGAAUUAAGUCGUCAAAGAUGUCCGAAGCCACGGUGGCCGAUACUCGCCGGUUAAACUCUAAACCGCAGGACCUGACAGACGCCUACGGCCCUCCCAGCAACUUUCUGGAAAUCGACGUCUACGACCCGCAGACUAUAGGAGUCGGCCGAAACCGCUUCACCACUUAUGAAGUCCGGAUGAAGACAAAUCUUCCCAUUUUUAAAAUGAAGGAGUCGUGUGUUCGACGAAGAUACAGCGACUUCGAGUGGCUGAAGAAUGAGCUGGAAAGGGACAGCAAGAUUGUUGUGCCUCCAUUGCCUGGAAAGGCAUUGAAGAGACAGCUUCCCUUCCGUGGAGAUGAGGGCAUUUUUGAGGAGUCCUUCAUUGAGGAGAGACGAGCUGGGCUUGAACAGUUCAUCAAUAGAAUUGCAGGUCAUCCUUUGGCCCAGAACGAACGCUGUCUUCACAUGUUCCUGCAGGAAGAAAGUAUUGACCGGAACUACAUUCCUGGAAAAGUUUUGGUAAACCCCCCUCCUUGUCCUGGACCCGUCUGCUCUACCAGCUCUUUCUGCACAUCAGUCAAAGCCUUUCACAGCUGCUGUCCAUCAUAUUCUGUAUAUAUUUCUAUUCUCUAUUCAAACUCAUAUAAAAGCCGUAUUUAUACCUCAUGCACUCUUUUUGUGAAAAGACACAUUCUUUUUUGCUGAUCUUUAAGCAAAUAUAUUAUUUUCUAUAUAUUUUAAUCUGGUUAAAAUUCCUGGCAUAAAACCUUUCUGGUAACCCACAGAUUUUUCUCCAAAAAUAUAUAGAGAGAGAGAAUUUGAUCGGGCCCCAUGACAUUCCUCAGUGUAUUUUUGAUUUAAAGUUUAAGUCUUGAAUUAUUUCAAUUUAAAGCAACAUGCUUCCCCUAUUGAAAAAUAAAUAUAUUUAAAUGUAGUUGAAAUAAAUGUAUUUCGUGCUAAGUAUACUACAAACACAUUUACAUAUUUCUAAACAUAUUAAAAUACCCUGCAGUUGCACUUUUAGUGUAAUAACUGUGUGGAAGUAGUCCAGAAGUCUAACUGAAGAUAUAGUGAAGUUGGCCUAUAUUUGUGCUCAAGCAGAACUAUUGCAAGUAUACUUUAGGUAUAUAAAGAAUUAUAUUAUUCAAAGAUCAAUACAAUCGGCAUCAAUAGUGACAAUAAAACACAUUUUUGGCUUAAUAUUAUGAAAUGUGUGUUGUGCACCAAAUAGUACUCCAAAUAAAGUAUAAUUACAAUUUUUAUAUCAGUAAGUAUAGAUUUGAACUAUGCUUAGUAUGAAAUGAAUACAUUUUACCAGGGUUAAGAGAAGUUAUCAAGAACUCAUCAAAUGUAGCACUUCAGAAGCUAAAACUAGGAUUGCCUCUCGACAACGUCUUCCUUUACGUUCCAUAUUUCAUUUGUAUCUUUGACCUUUGAAUCUGUUAAAACAAGGCUUUUGCAACCAUGUUUAAAUGUAUUUUCGUUUGUUUAGUGUCCGUGUACCAGUAACGCUUCGGGAAUGUACAUAUUCAAUCACUGUGAAAAACUGAAUUCCAUUAUGACAGAAUGUGUCACAUUUGCUGUUAUGUUUCUAUAUGCCCUCUCUAAGAACGAGUUCUGUUCUUUUCUGGCUCUUUCUAUUCUGGUUAUUUUCAGGACUGUGUGUAAAAGGGCACUCGUUGAUUUUUAAACAGAUAGCCAUCCUUUCUACCCAUGAAUAAACCCUCUCUGUCUCCUUCA